AUGGCGACCAACAUAACCUUUCACCCUGGCUCGGUGUCGCAGACUGAACGGCAGCAGCUCCUAUCCCAGAAGGGCGUUACGAUCUGGUUCACGGGCCUCAGCGCCAGCGGCAAGUCAACGAUAGCUUGCGCCUUGGAGCAGCAUCUCCUCCAUCUGCACAAAUUCACCUACCGCCUUGACGGCGACAAUGUCCGCUUCGGCCUCAACAAGGAUCUUGGAUUCGACGAGAAAUCCCGCAACGAGAACAUCCGGAGGAUAGGAGAAGUCUCCAAGCUCUUCACGGAUGCAUCAUGCGUCACUCUCACGGCGUUCAUCUCGCCCUACCGCGCGGAUCGCGCUGUCGCCCGCGAUCUUCACGAGAAAGCCGGUUUGCCUUUCAUAGAAGUUUAUGUUGAUGCUCCGCUGGACGUCGUCGAGCAGCGCGACCCCAAGGGCCUCUACAAGAAGGCGCGAGCGGGCGAGUUGAAAGAAUUCACCGGAAUCUCAGCGCCAUACGAGGCACCAGAGAACCCCGAGAUCCACAUCAGAACCGACCAGUGUGACGUGACCCAGGCCGUUGCCACAUGUACGGAGUAUCUCACCGCCCGCGGAUUCAUAUAA